AUGGCGCUCAGCUUCUUUAGUGGCGCCGGGAGCGCAAGCAAUGCCAAGUACUUCGAUAUUCGGUUGAACGAUGAGUAUAUCGUUUUUCGCGGCGGCGAACAUGAGGCGGCCAGCGCUCACCUAAAAGGCACUCUGGUGCUGUGCCUGUCAGAACCCCUCACCAUCAAGCACAUUCGACUACAGCUCACCGGCAUGUCGCGAGUCUGCUGGCACCUCCCUUCCAGUUCGACCGCCGGCGGCCGCAAGUCGUGGAGAGAACGAGUCUUUUACGACAAGACAUGGCGAUUCCGCGACCCGGGCAAGAGCAAGACCGAAAUUCUGGCGGCAGGCAACUACGAGUACCCAUUCGACGUGGUCCUGGAGGGUUCCAUGCCCGAGAGCGUGGAGGGGUUAUCGGAGACCUGGGUCAUGUACCGCUUCAAAGCCGAGAUCGGGCGCAAGUACGCUAAGGAUAUUGUCGCACGGAAACCCCUGCGGAUUAUCCGCACCCUCGAUCCCAGCGCUCUGGAGCUGUCCCACGCGAUGUCGGUGGACAACAUUUGGCCGAACAAGAUUGAAUACUCGAUCAGCACUCCGACCAAGGCAGUCAUCUUCGGCACCUCCAUUCGGGUCGAUUUCAAAUUGGUCCCGCUGCUCAAGGGGCUGCACAUCGGCCAGAUUACGUCACAACUGAUCGAAAGCCACGACCUGACACUCAACCCGGAAGAUCCCGACUCCAUCCGGAACACGUACAAAACCACCCGGACCAUUUUAACCGACGAUCAUCAAGUGGAUGGAGAUAAUCUGGACAUUAUCGACGAGGCGGCCGAGGGAUACCAGUUCAUGCGCUAUCUCGAUAUGCCACAAACUUUGACCCGGUGCCUCCAGGAUACCGACACCAAGGGCAUCAAAAUUCGCCAUAAACUGAAGUUCCGCAUCCAACUGCACAACCCCGACGGCCAUAUCAGUGAGCUGCGCGCUACACUUCCCGUCUCCAUUUUCAUCUCCCCGAACAUUCCCAUUGACGAGAACAACAACCUUCGCGACCAACCCCCCGCAGCUGCUCGGCGAGAAGCGGACGAAGUCGCCCACCAGGCUCCUCCUCUUUACAGCGAGCACCAAUUCGAUCAACUAUAUAGCGAGCUCGACCCGAGUGGCUACCGCACCCCAGGCCCCGGCAGCGGUGGCCCUGGAACACCAUUCGGCCCUCUCAGCCGCAACAUCUCGGCCGAAAACCUUGCUUCGAUGAACGCUCUCACCACCACCGAUAUCUCAGCCUCAGCACUGCACAGCCGUCUCUCAACACUGAAUGCAAGCCGUUUCGGUCAACCAUCCCCCGGCGACCAGUCUCAUGACUCGCCCACCGAGAGCACCCCCAACUCCCGACAGCUGAAUGUUCAUUUCGGAGAUUACUUCGGGCCCUCUUCCGGCUCCAACUCACACAGUCCACACACUCCUGGCAGCCCCGUGCUUUCCCGAGCUUCUGAUGAGGUGGACCACGAGCGAAUCCCCUCCGGCAUGGCAACGCCCUUCCACCCUCAGUAUGCGGAAGUUGAGACGCUGAGUCGAGUACCCAGCUACUCGACCGCGGUGCGUGCCGCUGUGGGUCCUUGUGACUCGAACCUCCCCGACUACAACGCGGUCAUUGCAAGUGACCUGCCCCCGCCGCCGGUGCUUCAGUCUCCGGAGCAGGCUUACCUGCGCAGUGGCCGCAUGAACGGAAUCUCCCAACUCUUGGAGGUUAAUCGCCCCGGAUCCUUCCCCGCGCCCGGCAGCAAUGCUGACGAUGCCGAACGCAGGCUCCGAUUAGUACAAGCCCGCGCUAGAGGAUGA